AAAAUUUGUGAGGUUAUGGAAAAAUCUAAAGGCCUAGAAUUCCCGGAAUUUAGUGAUAACUAUGAACAUCCAGAUCCAGAGAUUGAGUACAUUGUGGAGAAUGAAAUCUUUAGCACAUCGGAAACUACAAAAUCCUUCGAAGAUCUCAGGGAUACCUUCAAUAGUUUUCUUUCCUCAAGCUGUUCUUGCCUCAAUGAAGAUUGCUCGACUGAAAGCUGCUCCCAUGGGGAAAAUUACACAAAACUCCCUUCUUUAAAAGGAGAAUUAGUUCUUAAUGAAUCCAGGAAGUAUCGAGAAUACAUCAAUGAAUGCUCCCAGUUUUGCAAAUGUUCAGGAAAUUGUCAAAAUCGUCUGGUUCAAUUUGGUCCACGAGAUGAUCUUGAAAUAAGAUUCUGUGGAAGCGAAAAGGGUUACGGAUUAUUCACAAAAUCUCCUAUUCCCAGAGGAGGAUUUGUCUGUGAAUACGCUGGGGAACUCCUGACGAGGACUGAGGCUAAAAGGAGGCAUUCAGAGAAGGAUCCCAUGAAGUAUUUGCUGUGUCUCAAUGAAAUCUCAGCAGAAGGAGAAAAAGUUCAAACUUUUGUUGAUCCCAUUCGGAAGGGAAAUAUCGGGAGGUACCUGAAUCACAGCUGUGAUCCCAAUUGUGAGAUUUUAAGCGUAAGGAUCGACAAUAUCAUCCCUAAACUUACUUUACUUUACGCUAAGUGGGGCCCGGAGACUUACAUCUCCUUGUGCACUGCGGCCCAUGUGGGCCUAUUGUGCAUCCCCUUUAUUCCUACUCAAUUACAAUGUUUUUUGUUACAAUGUAGAUUUUGUAGGGGGAGAGUCCCGUCGGUGGCGACUGCACGGGAAGUUCCGCAAUCAUUCAGCACUAGACGCUGGGCACUGGUGUUCGUUCGGCAGGCCACACAGUGUAGAUCGGUUUUUUACCAGCGUUGUCCCUCCGCCACCAGACUGCUCUGUUCAUCUUUGGCUCCGUCCCAUAUAUAUAGGAAGUUCCGCAAACGCAGGCACUUACUGUAUGCGGCUGCACAUUAUCGCUGAUUGACCGGCACACGACUAUGGGACUCUGUCUACUUGUUGCCCUUCCGUCUCGCAGAUGGUGCUGAUAUUGAUGUUGGCUCCAUCCCGUUGGGGGCAGCAGUCGUCCGAGCAGGAAAGGAAUAGCUGUGGAGUAGAAAGGAAAGAAAGGGAAGGAAGCGCCAGGCCAGAAACGGCGAACCGCUGCGGGAAUCGAACCCACAACCCCAGUGAUGGGUGGUAUUGAGUGGCGCUUUAGCUCUCUUUACCACUGGAGCUUCU